UCCAGUGCCGAGAUUUGAGCGUGACCGUUGCAGGAUAACGGAUCCAGGUGAAUUCCAAGGUUUUUACCGGAAAGGAGGCGUCUGCCCGCGGAGUUCAGAGGAGGAGACGGGCGGGAGGUGCGAGGAGUGACCGCGGGGAGAGGAGCUGCCGUCCAUCCGUGGAGACGCGGCGUUUCUCCAUCCAUGUCUGCCUGCAGGUGACCUACAGCUGAAGGAGCUGCUGCAUUAUUGAACAUCAGACAGUGGGCUGAGGCAGGAGCAGAUGGAGAGGAGGCGUGGGGGGGUCCAACACUGCGGGGAGCCGUGAGUCAGCAGGAAGCGAAAAAAGCAGUGGGAGGGAGGACGCGGCGAGUUCGCACGCAGCUUCAGGUGACACGGCAGGAGGGAUCGGCGUCAAACGCCCCCUCCCUGCGACACCGAUUGGACGCAGAAGGUCAUGGAGCCGUCAGAAGAUUAGCGCUCGCAUCCUUGAGAGAGGACCGCCGCUCACACCUCCCCUGAAAAGAUCAGGAUCAGAGGAGCAGCGAAGAGCGAGGACAGCAGGAGCCGGGGCAGGAUGGGGGAGAGCUAUAUGUACCAGCGCCUCCCCUACGCCAGAGGAGAGGGGGAGGGGGACGAGGAAGAGGAGAGGAGCAGGAGUGUCGGGGGGAAAAUGAUGCAGUGUGAAGAGGGCACGGAGUGGCUCCUGGAGCUGCUGACCGACGUGCAGCUGCAGCAGUAUUUCCUGAGGAUCCGUGACGAGCUCAACGUCACGCGGCUGUCGCACUUCGACUACGUCAAGAACGAAGAUCUGGAGAAGAUCGGCAUGGGGCGGCCCGGUCAGAGGAGGCUGUGGGAGGCCGUCAAGAGGAGGAGAGCUCUUUAUAAGCGCAAAUCCUGGAUGAGUAAGGUCUUCCCAGUGAAGCGUCUCGACUCGGACUCCCCGCAGACCUUCCCCUCGGGGGCGGCGUCCCUGGCGGGUCCAGCCGGCAGCGAGCCGGGAGCCUCGCUCACCUGCCUGAUCAGAGAGCCGGAGCUGCAGCUGUUGGAGCGCCUCGGGGACGGCACGUUCGGGGUGGUGCGGCGAGGGGAGUGGACCGCGCCCAACGGCAGAGUGCUGUCGGUGGCGGUGAAGUGUCUGAAGACCGGAGUUCUGGACUCGGACGGUCUGGACGACUUCAUCCGAGAAGUGAACGCCAUGCACUCGCUGAACCACCAGAACCUCAUCCGGCUGUACGGGAUCGUCCUGACGCAGCCCAUGAAGAUGGUGACUGAGCUGGCUCCUCUGGGCUCCCUGCAGGACCGCCUCCGCAAGCGUCAGGGUCACAUCCUCAUCCUGCUGCUGUGCAACUACGCCAUACAGGUAGCUUGUGGAAUGGCGUACCUGGAGAAGAGGCGGUUCCUCCACAGAGACCUGGCCGCCCGCAACGUCCUGCUGUCCAGCAACGAGGCGGUGAAAAUCGGAGACUUUGGCCUGAUGAGGGCGCUGCCUUCACACACGGACCAUUACAUCAUGGAAGAAGGCCACAAGAUCCCGUUCCCAUGGUGUGCUCCAGAGUCCCUGAAGUCCCGGUCCUUCUCCCACGCCUCCGACACCUGGAUGUUUGGGGUGACGCUGUGGGAGAUGUUCUCCCACGGACAGGAGCCGUGGCUCGGCCUGAACGGAAGCCAGAUCCUACACAAAGUGGACGUGGAGGCCGAGAGGCUCUGCAAACCCGCCGACUGUCCUCAGGACAUUUACAACGUCAUGCUGCAGUGCUGGAGCCCCACACCUGAAGACAGGCCCACCUUCAUCGCCCUCAGAGACUUCCUGCUGGAGACGAUGCCCACCGACAUGAGAGCUCUGCAGGACUUUGAGGAGGAGGGCAAACUCCAGAUCAAAAUGAACGACGUCAUCACCAUCAUCGAGGGAAGGGCGGAGCAUUACUGGUGGCGAGGUCAGAACAGGAGGACGCUGCGCAUCGGUCAGUUUCCUCGCCACGUGGUCACGUCGGUGGCGGGCCUCUCUGCCCAGGACAUCAGCCGCCCCCUCAAACACUCCUUCAUCCACACCGGACACGGAGACACGGACCCCAACAGGAGCUGGGGCCACGCCGACCGCAUAGACAGUCUGUACUUGGGGAACCCUAUGGAUCCUCCGGACGUCCUGGGCUUAGAUUCUGGCACUUCUAGACCGACCAAACUCCCGAACCGUUCAAAGAAGCAGCCCCCUCCUCGACCCCCCCAGCCCGCGAUCCUGCUGAAAAAGCCCUUCUACGACUCGGUGAUGGACGACUAUGAAAACGACGAUGAGGCCGGUGCUUCAUCGGGGUUGAAGAAGCUGGGGGCUUCUCUGGGCCUGAAGCUGCGUCCGUGGGAGUGCAGCGGCGUGCGCGCCGCCAAAAGUGAGGUGUCGCUCAUCGACUUCACCGACGACAGCUUCAGCUCCACCACGCCCUCCCCGCUCACAGAGUCCCGCCCCCUGGAUGACGAGACACUGAAGGACACGCCCUCCAUCCUGGACUGGCCUCUUCCUCAGCCGACCUACGACGAGGUCUCCGUGGAGCCCGACGAGCCGUCCGAGGACCAGGAGGUGCUGUCCAUCAACAAGAGGGCGAACGAGGAGGCCAAGGAGCAGCAGGGGUCCGGCAUGCCGGGCAGGAGCGAGUCCCAGUCGGCGGACCUCUUCAAGGAGCUGCAGAGGGAGGUGAUGGUGAAGCUUCAGGUUCCCAUGGCAACGGGCCGAUCGCUCCCAUCCUCUCCCACCCCCAUGCCUCUGACCCCCCUUGGCCCCCACCGUCAGAUCUGCCUGCCGCCCCCCUCGUCUGCCUCAUCCUCCUUCACCCCCUGCUUUGAGGAUCGACCGACCCUGCCUCCCCGUAGCCCCGUCCCCCCCCUGCGGCCAUCCAAACCCAGCCUCUCCACACGCCCCCCCUACCAGCAGGCCCGCUCCAGCUCCAUCUCCCUAGGCGACGGGAAGGACACACCCCCACAGAUCCCGCCGAGGGACCACCCCUUUUCUCAGCCCGGCUCUCGCUCCUCGUCGCCGCUCCCAGCAGCCCCGCCCCUCUCCUCUGUCCCCGUCGCUCUGCCACCUCCCCCCGUCUCUAUCUCCCCAAGACGGACAGCUGGACUCCUGGGGCCCCUCCUGUCCGCCAGCCCCCCCUCCUCCUCCUCUUCCUCCACCUACCAAACAGCAUCUUUACAUCAGGGAGCCUCUUCUUACGCCGCCUCCUCCUCCUCCUUACUGGAUCCUCUCUCUUUUCGGGAGGGGCGUGGCCUUUCCCUGUUGAUGGAAAGCUCACAAAGCUCCGCCCCAAUCCCACUUCCAGAGAGACCAGCUUUCCUGGAGAGAUAUGGUACGGCCAACAUGGCGGCCGUCAAACCCAUGGUGCAGCAGCAGCCGGGCGGAGCCAAACCAAACUCCUCCCACAACAACAACAACGGGCGGGCCAGCGUUCCCAGCAUGCAACAGGAGCAGAGCAUCUCACAGGUCCAAGGAGCCGUGCACGGCGUCACCACAGAGGAGUGUCGCGCCGCUCUGCAGAGCCACGGCUGGAGCGUGCAGCCGGCCAUCAACCAUCUGAAGGUGGAGCAGCUAUUCUGCCUGGGACUGCGUUCCAGAGCGCAGUGCGAGGAGCUGCUGCAGGGCUGCCAGUGGAACCUGGAGCGGGCCGGCGCCGCCAUGCUGGACGCCUGCGGACCGCCUCACGACAGGAAGACUCAGUGAACGUCGCCCUGCCGCCCGCUGACGCACAGCUCCACCGAACGAUGAACGGAGGCCAACGCGCUUCGCCUUCUGGGCCGCCGAACCCGCAUCUGCACGUGCACGCUUCACGCUCGCCAAAAAAGCUGCUCAUCCACCAUCCUGCAGAGACUAGAGAACAUGGAGGUCAACGUUCUGCAGCAUCAAAUGGGAUCUUUUGUGUCUUUUGUCAGAAGCAGCAGAAAUCUGUUUCUGAUGCCAGCUGGGCAACAACAGGGUACCAAACAUCCUCAUCAAUAUUUAUUACAUUCUAAAACGCCGUUCCAUCCAUCCCCUCUGUGGAAAGAGAUCAGCAGCUCCACAGCAGACGCCGACUUCACAGACUGACUAUUGAUAGAUGGAAGAAAGGCGCCGACCCAACAACGAAUGGCGACCUUCCAUUCCACGCUCCGCUCUUCUGUUCCUGCUGCUUCCAGCUGUUUUAGGGGAAACUAAUAAACGUGUUUUAGUGAAAUAAACUGCUUUUUGUUACAUUAUUCCAAGUAUUUUAAUUUUAAUGUAAAAAUACAGAUUUUUUUUUGUAAAGGAAUGUCAUCGUUUUAUUUAAAGCUUUCUGGAUAACUUUGAAAAGUUUACGCCGAUGUUUGUUUUUAUGACAUAAACAGAGACUUGAGACUCAGACUGGAGUCUCACUGAACUCUAAAGUCCAGAGAUUUGAAGUUUGUGAGCUAAGUUGACUUAUUCUCAUGUUUUAGCUCCAUGUGGUGUAAAAAUAAAAGCUGCUUUUUUGUAAAAGAUUCUCACAGAAA